UAGUCAAUUUUGCUCUCCAAAAAGCCACUCUCCUGUUGCUAACAUACAAUCUCUCUAUACCAUCAACACCUCCUUCUCUCUCUUCUCUGAAUCAAUCAUGCUCUUCACCUUUUCCCUCAAAUUCCCCAAAACCCAAUCACCCUUUCUCCAAUUCCCCUCUCCAUGCUCACCACCGCACCAACCACCUCCCUCCACCUUCUCACCCUCCUCCUCAAAUGCGCCGACCAUAUCUCCGCCGGAAAUCUCACCUCCGCCGGAGACCUCCUCCCUGAAAUCUUCGAACUCUCCUCUCCUUUCGGCUCGCCUGCAGACCGCGUCGCCGCCUUCUUCGCUCACUCCCUCCACUCCUACCUCCUCCUCCAUUUUCUCUCUCCUCCACCUCAACCCGUCAAAAUGCUCACACUCUCCUCCCAGCUUCGGAGCUUCCACUCCGCCUUACAGUCCUACAAUUCCCUCACCCCCUUCGUCAAAUUCUCUCACUUCACCGCUAACCAAGCCAUCUUCGAAGCCCUCGAAGGCCACGAUGGUGUCCACGUCAUCGACCUUGAUAUCAUGCAGGGCCUUCAAUGGCCUGGAUUGUUCCACAUCUUAGCUUCCCGCCCAAGAAAGGUUAACUCGGUCCGAGUCACCGGGUUCGGCCCUUCCUCCGACCUUCUCUCCCAGACCGGAGCUCGACUAGCCGAGUUCGCCGCCUCACUCGGGCUCCCCUUCCGGUUCACCCCAAUCGAGGGUAAAAUCGGGAACUUAUCCGAGUCCCAGCUGAGUCAACUCGCGGCAGUUGCGAACGAGGUCACCGUCGUGCAUUGUAUGCAUCACAACUUGUACGAUAUAAGUGGGUCCCAUGUUGGGACGUUAAGGGUGUUGAAUGCGGUGAGGCCUAGGCUAGUUACCAUGGUCGAGCAAGAUAUCGACGUCUCUCAAACGACGUCGUUUAUGGAGAGGUUUGUGGAGGCGUUGCAUUAUUAUUCAGCCUUGUUUGACGCCUUAGGGGAGGGAUUGGGUAAGGACAGUGUACAGCGGCAUGUGGUGGAGCAGCAACUUUUUGGGAGUGAGAUUAGGAACAUCCUGGCCGUUGGUCAUGGUAGGAAGAGGAUCAACGGUGACGAUGGUAUAAUCACCCGAUGGGGAGACGAGCUUAUUCGGGUUGGGUUUGAACCGUUUUCUCUUUCGGGUAGCCCGGCGGCACAAGCGAGUUUGUUGUUAGAGAUGUUCCCAUGGAAGGGAUAUACAAUGAUGGAGGAAAAUGGGUGUUUAAGGUUAGGGUGGAAGGAUUUGCCUUUACUCACUGCCUCUGCUUGGCAACCGUGUGAUUAUAGUUGUGUUACUAGUAAUGGUAAUAUCUUGAGGAAUUAGAUUCAUUAUUUUUAAAUUUAAACGAAAGAAUGAAAAAAUUAACGUUUUUUCUUUUAUGGUACCUCAUUAUUAGUCUAAAUGGUAAAUAUAGAGUCUACUCAACUCAUAAUUCGGAUUUGAGCCGAGUCAGACUCUAAUUGGAGGACAAUCCCGAUAAAUAUUGUUGCGUUACUAAGAUUUAAAGUCUUUAGACUAAAGAGACAUAGGUUAUGUACUUAUGUUGGAACAACUUGGUUACCAAUUAGUCCAAACGUACUCCAAACACUUGGUGGUGAAAAAACCGGGUUGAGUAGAUGAUUUUAGACAACUUUUUGGAUUGAUGAGGAAAAAAUGCAGUAUUUGGAUGUAAUAAUUGGUGAUGUGGGGUGAAUAUUGAGGAGUAUGAACUAUGAAGAGAUAGAUGGUAAAGUAGUGCCAGUGUUUGGGGGGAAAUAAUUGAGGGGUAAAGAAAAAGUACAUGCUACCUUUUUGAAGAAAUUGGAUUCUUUUUGUGUACUCCUGUAUUAAAAGUUUGUGAUCAAAAGUUGUAACGCUUUUCAAGUUUAUAUUUUGUUCUCAAUCA